UGCAUAAAACUAGCCCCGCUGUUGGAGUUGGUGGUGGUGGCCAGGGAGUAAACCAGAAAGAAUCAAAUGAGAGUUGAAGUUGGACGUGGUGGUGCUAAGGCAGCGGCCACCACAACAACUUGUGAAGAGCCUCUAAGUCCAACGGCGCGUGUGUUUCAUGAUCCCAGCUUCAACUGCCACAUCAUCGCAAAAAUGGGGUGCAAAACUAGCAUUGAUCCCGCUGUUGUCAUAGACGGCCUCAAACAUACUUUGAUCAAGCACCCUCGUUUCUCAAGUAAACUGGUGGUGGUGAAUGAUCAUAAUGGCCAGAAAAAGAGAUGGGUUCCAACUACUGUAAAUGUUGAAGACCAUGUAAUCGUUCCAGAAUUGGACCUGAAAAUGAAUUCACCGGACCAAUUUGUUGAAGACUAUAUCUCACACAUCACCACAAUCCCUAUGGACCUCUCCAAGCCAUUAUGGGAAGUUCAUAUCCUCAAUGUCAAAACAUCUGAUGCAGAGGCUUUGGGGGUCUUAAAGAUCCACCACGCCAUUGGCGAUGGAGUGUCUCUUAUGUCUCUUCUCCUAGCUUGUACGAGAAAAACAUCAGACCCUGAAUCAUUGCCUACAGUUCCUGGGUCAAAGAGGAAAGAUUCAGUGGCGUCAACUGGGUUUUGUGGGCUUGUUUUCAACACUUUGGUGGAUAUGAUGCUAGUUGUUGCAACAAUAUUGUUUUUUAGAGACACAAACACUCCAAUCAAAGGUGCACCAGGGGUGGAGCUUAAGCCCAAGCGAUUUAUUCACCGGACAGUUAGUCUCGAUGACAUAAAGUUGGUGAAGAAUGCAACGAACACGACCAUCAAUGAUGUGUUAUUGGGAGUAACAGAGGCUGGUCUCUCCCUAUACCUUAAUCGAAGAUACAGUGAAAAUGAGAAAGACGACGAAGGAACAAAGAACAGAAUCAAUCUUCUUGAGAGCAUUUGUCUUCGAUCGACUUUACUAGUUAACAUAAGACCCGGUACAGGAAUCCAGGCUUUGGCUGAUAUGAUGGAGGAGUCCAAGUACGGAUGGGGUAAUCGGAUCGGAUAUAUUCUCCUCCCCUUCAACAUUGCUUUACAUGACGAUCCAUUAGAGUAUAUUCGAAGCACUAAACGCACAAUUGAUAGAAAAAAGUUCUCCCUAGAAGCUAUUUUCAUUCACUUAGCAGGCACUCUUACCGCCAAACUACUCGGAGCCAAGUUGCAUUUCCUGAAAAUGAAUGAAGUUUGUACAUUCGUCACACAGGCAGCUGCAACAAUAGCUCACAAAAUCCUAUCAAACACGACAUUAUCAUUCUCGAAUGUUGUCGGACCAGUGGAAGAAAUCAGCUUUUAUGGCCAUCCUAUGGCCUACCUUGCUCCCAGUGUGUAUGGACACCCUCAUGCAUUGACGAUGCAUUUUCAGAGCUACACCGAUAAGAUGACGAUUGUUCUAGCUGUUGAUCCGGAAGUGAUUCCUGAUCCUUAUGGACUUCUCGAUGAUUUGGAGGAGUCUCUUGCGGCCAUGAAAGAUGCUGUUGUUCAAAGAGGGCUUAAUGAGAAGGAAGCUGUCAAGGAGAAGAUCAGUUGACAUUACAACAUUCUUCUGUGUUUUUUUUGUUUUUGCCCUUUCAAUCACAUAACAGAGACCUGGUGAAGGGGAAGAGAAGUUGGAACAUGAUUGUUCUCCUUUUGAACAACAAAUUAAACACCAAAAGAUGAUCAUUUUCCUUAAAUUCUGUCCCCAAUUGUCCUUGCACCAAACUUACUGUGUUGAUUUGAAUGCCUUUUUCUUUAAUUAUAUUGAUGGUUUUCUCAUGCCCGAGCUUUAAGCCCAAGUCA